GUCAUUUUCUUAAUUUCUAUUACCAUCAAUUUAGGGCAACCCUUUGGAGCAAUUGAUCUCUGUUUGCCACAAUCAACAACGGAAGGUGAAAAAAGCAAUUAACUCAAUCCAUGGAAGUUGUUGAGCCAUGUGGAAAAGGAACUCUUUCUUCUGGAGAGCCUUCAAACAAACCUAGUAUUACAUCAAUCUAUGAUAAUGAUCAAGUCGUGGGCUUUGAGAAAGAUGCAGAAAUUAUAAUAAUGAAAUUGAUACGAGGAACAAAGGAGCGGGAUGUUAUCUCCAUCUAUGGAAUGCCUGGACUCGGUAAAACAACUUUGGCAAGAAAGGUAUACAACAAUCCCUAUAUUGUUAACCACUUUGAUGUUAAAGCAUGGUGUGCUGUGUCGCAAGCAUAUAAUAGGAGGACGUUAUUGGUUGAGAUUUUCACACAAGCUACAAAUGAUGAGUUCAAAAUCAAAGAGGACGAUGAUGUAGCUGACAUGUUGCGCAGGGUUCUAAUAGGCAAGAGAUACCUCAUCGUGUUAGAUGAUAUUUGGGAUGUCGAGGGAUGGGAAGAUUUGGGAAUAUGUUUCCCUCAAGGUAAAUAUGGAAGCAGAGUAAUGGUUACAACAAGAAUUGAACAAGUGGCUAAGUAUCUUCAGCACCAUAGUGAUCCUUAUUCUCUUAGCUUUCUAACAUCCGAACAGAGUUGGAAAUUAUUGGAGAAGAAGGUAUUUCAAGGAGAGAGUUGUCCCCUGGAUCUACUGGAAGCAGGAUUACAAGUUGCCCAACAUUGCAAGGGAUUGCCUCUUGUGGUUGUCCUGGUUGCUGGAUUUAUUGCAAAAAUGAAAAGGGAAACGUCCUUGUGGCUCGAGGUUGCAAAUAACUUAAGUUCUCUUGCUUUAGGGGAGCAGAGUAUGAAGGUAAUACAAUCAAGUUAUGACCAUUUAGAAGACCAUUUAAAGCCUUGCCUUCUUUACAUGGCAUUGUUUCCAGAGGACCAUAAGAUUCCAGUGGACGAUCUGCUGAAGUUGUGGAUGGCUGAAGAGUUUGUAUUGAAUGCCGAAACAGAGAACAUGGAGGAAGCAUGUCGAGUUUGCUUGAGUGAUUUGCUUAACAGAAGCCUAGUAAUGGUCUCCGGAAUGAGAGUUAACCGUGAUGUAGUGUACUGCUCACUUCAUGAUGUAGUGCGUGAGUUCUGCUUGAGAAAACUCACACAAGACAAUUAUAUACAGGUUGCAGUGCCAUACAAUCCGUAUCAACAUUUGCAUUCCACAGACUCACGAGUAUGCAUUUAUAUUCAUGAUGAUCUUGUUAAACAAUUAGAUUAUUCUGAAUACCAGCUGGAUAAGAUUCCAAUGCUUGAUUUCAAGGAAACAAAUUCUUUGGAGUUCAUUGCUCAUCCAAAUCUCAAUACAUGGAAUAACCGAUAUGCAAAUCCUUUAGACUUACUUGUUAAAUUAAGAUUUGUUCGGGCAUUGCAUUUGAUGGAUGUGGAACUGCCAAAUUCAUGGGCUAUUGCAAUGCAAUCGCUAACUCAGUUGAGGUACCUAGCACUUUAUGUCAAACAAUUUGAAUUGAAGUGGAUAUCACACCUACACGAUCUCCAAACUCUGCAGCUCAAAACAAGGGAGAGGAUACGGCUAAGGGCUUCUACUUUAUGGGAAAUGACAAAGCUAAGGCAUGUGAAUAUAAAUAGGUUUUCCGUGGUAUGGGAUGUCAAUGACGAAGGAAGUUGUGAUGAAACUUCAACAACUAUGCUAGAGAACAUGAAGACUUUUCACACUUGCAAUAUAUGCUUGGAUAAUAUGAAUCCAAGUUUUUUGUGGAGGUUUCCGAAUCUUGAAAAACUCGGCCUCAAAAUUAGAUAUGUACCUGAUUUUCCUUUGUUUUCCAUACCAGAAAUUUAUACUCGCCUUCAUUCUCUUUCUCUGGAGUUGGGUUCCUUGAAAUUCUGGGAUUCAGUUGGAUGGAAGAGCAAUUUUGUCUUCCCUCCAAAUCUUAGGCAUCUGUACUUUUCUGGCUGUUUCUUGAGGGAAGGAAUAGUUUCAAACAUAUCAAGAUUGCGGAAGCUUGAGAGUCUCACAUUAGAGAUGGGAGUUCCUUACAGGAUAUCUGAGAGUGAGAGCCUCUAUUGCUGGGACAUUACAAAUGUUGAGUUCCCUGCACUCAAAUACUUGACAUUACUCAGUUGGCAUAUAGACGAAUGGAAAGCUUCAGAGGAAUCCUUUCCCGUUCUUGAGGUGCUAUCUAUAGAAUCUGUAGUCAAAUUCAAGGAGAUCCCUCCUUGCUUUGCGGAUAUUCCAACACUGCGACUUAUUAGACUGGCUUACUGCAGCCAUUCACUUGGUGUUUCAGCUAUGAAUAUCAAAAGAGACAGAGAAGAAAACACAGGAUGUGACAGUCUCCAAGUUUUAGGUGUAAUAAAUAAUUAAAUGUAUUUAAAAGCAAUUCAAAGCUGUAAAUUCCCAGCUCUAUUUCCACUUCUUAAUUCUACUUCUGUAUUGUCUGUGUUUUAGACAUAAGAUAGAUAUCUUUUAUCCAUGUCCCUGAAGCUAAGGGACUAGGCAUAAGGCAUACAUACCC